AUGUUGGAUGUCUAUGACAUUCUUCCUUUCGAUAAUCCAGAUGGUGGCGUGUGGAAACAAGGAUUUGAUAUCACAUACAAUGAAAAUGAAUGGGACAGGGAACUGCUUCAAGUUUUUGUCGUGCCUCACUCACAUAAUGACCCAGGUUGGCUGAAGACUUUUGAUGAUUACUUCAGAGAUCAGACACAGCAUAUCUUAAAUAAUAUGGUUAUAAAACUGCAAGAAGACAACCGGAGGAAAUUUAUGUGGUCUGAGAUUUCUUACUUUUCAAAAUGGUGGGAUGGAAUAGAUAGCCAAAAGAGGGAUGCUGUUAAAAGGUUAAUAAAAGAUGGACAAUUUGAAAUAGUAACGGGAGGAUGGGUCAUGCCGGAUGAAGCCUCUCCUCAUUAUUUUGCUUUAAUUGACCAACUGAUAGAAGGACAUCAGUGGCUAGAAAAGAACCUCAGAGUAAAACCAAAGUCUGGUUGGGCAAUUGAUCCUUUUGGGCAUUCACCAACAAUGGCCUACCUUCUGAAACGUGCAGGAUUUUCCAAUAUGCUUAUACAGAGAGUUCAUUACUCUGUUAAAAAAUAUUUUGCAAUGCAGAAGACACUAGAAUUUUUUUGGAGACAGAACUGGGAUUUGGGAUCCAGUACAGACAUUCUUUGCCAUAUGAUGCCUUUCUAUAGCUAUGAUGUUCCUCAUACUUGUGGUCCAGAUCCAAAAAUCUGCUGCCAGUUUGAUUUCAAACGUCUUCCUGGAGGAAGAGUAAGCUGUCCUUGGAGAGUUCCACCAGAAGCCAUUCAUGCUGGAAAUGUUCAACACAGCUUUUUUCGCUUUGUGGUUGGUCACAUUGCAACUGGCCUUCGCAAUUACAUGGCUGAUGCAUUGUUGGCAGUUAAUGUUUGUGAUUGCCAGCUUCAGGAGUCCAAGAUCACCCUCUUAGGAAGCACUCAUCCUGCCUGCAUAGCGAUCUCCUACACAGAAUUGCUUGGAUAG